UUCAUGCCCGUCUUUCAUUUUUCGCUUUGAACAUUAUACACUUUCCUACUUAGAACAACACGGGGCAGCAAUGCAAACAAACCGCUCAAUGUUUAUAUACGGAACAACUUAAUACCUGCUAGGAAUAGGAUACAAUGACAAGAAAAGCGGAUUUGUCUCGGACUCUGAUAAGAGUAAGGACAGGUUGCAGUUUCGGUGGAUAACAGGGUUAAAGUACAGCGUAUCCUUUCAGAUGAGAUAACCUUGUUGUAGUUAUAUCAUGGGGACCAUUCUUGGACGCACAAGCAGGAAGAAGACAGAGCCAUGCACACUGCUGGCAGUGGUGCCUGCAUCUAAGGAACAAGAAUUUCCCCAGAUUAAGUCAACAGAAACAAACCCUCUUGUAACCAACAAAAUGGCAGAAAGACCGAAAGAGAAGAAUAAUGAAAAUGAGAAAAAGGAGACGGAUUCCAAGGAUGAUGCGGUGAAACCCGAUCAUGGAGAAGAGAAAAUCUCAAGAGUAUCUCAUGGGGCAAUGAUGACUCCUUCAGACCUUCCUGGAUGCAUUGAUGGUGUGAAUGGAAAGAAAGACCCUGGGAAGAAGGUGGUGAGUUCAAGCGUAAAGGAACCAACAGAUACCAAAAACGCUGGGAACGAGACAGAGAUGGUUCAACCAGGAAAGGAUAAAAUUGCCAAAAUAAUUUGGGACAAGGAUGGGGAAGAUCCAGAAGUCAUCUCAAAGGGAAGUUGUGAGGAGAUAGAGCAACAGUGUCAGGAGGCGCAAGGAAGUAUAGUUUAUCCAUCAACAGGUACUACCUCUUCAGGUUGGAGAGUCAUUCGUCUCUUUGUUUCAUCGACAUUCCAUGAUUUUCAGAAUGAGAGAGAAGUACUGGUGAAAAAGGUUUUUCCAGAGCUGCGUGAGUUUUGCGAGUCACGCCACCUUCAUCUGAUCGAGUGUGACCUGAGAUGGGGUGUACCCAAGGACUCGACCACCCGAACUGUCCUCACUACCUGUUUACAGGAAAUAGAUCGUUGCCAUGGUGAUGCAGAUGGCCAAGGAUUCUUCCUCAACAUGCUCGGAGAAAGAUACGGGUGGAUGCCAGGGCAAAGCGACGUCCCCCCCGACAUAGCAGAGGAGUACCAGUGGGUACCGUACACCUCAAUCACCCACAUGGAGGUCCUGGUUGGUGGGUACCGAUCCCUCAACCCAAACUCAGUCUACUUCCUGAGGGAUCCCUCAGGAUAUUUAGAGAAGAUCCCAGACGAGGCGCGACAGUUCUUUGUGGAGCAGACCGAGAUCGGAAAGGUUCAGCUUAAGGAGAUGAAAGUCAAAUUACGAGAGAGAUUUCCAGCACAAACUUUCAUCUAUCCAUGUGAGUUUGACGGUAUAGAUGACGAGUCAAGGGUCAAUCUCAAGGGUCUAGAUGAAUUUGGACAGAAAGUGCUUGAGUUCUUCAAGAGAGCGAUUGAGAUCAAGUAUCCAGAAAGUGACGUCAAAGCGCCAACUCUAGAACAACUAGAGCAAGACCGACACGAUAUAUACAUGGAGCAAAAGGGCAAACUGGUCUUUGGCCGAGACAAAGAAAUCAACAAAAUGAUGAGCUUUGCGAAGGGUCUGCCGCCCCAGGAUUCAACCGAUGAAGUGGAUAAAGAGCGCCACCACAUGAUCGUUGUAGCUGACCCAGGGGAAGGCAAGUCCAGUCUGAUGGCACGGUUUGUCAUGGAGACCAAAAAGGCAGGUCUGGCAGUGUUUUACCAUUUUGUUGGCUGCACGGCGGAGUCCAAUCGACCCUCGAGUAUACUCCACAGACUAGUUGACAAACUAGAGGAGUUGUACCCAGACCUGUGCAAUACUGAUGGGGAUGAGACUGAAGACAAUCGGAAUUCGGGACCGAGGUUAUCUUCAGAUGAGAAGAAAGCCCAACUGCUGGGAGACUAUAUUAAGAGUCUUGGGCAGACUGACAAACAGCUUCUCCUGCUUGUGGAUGCUGUUAACCAAUCAUCUAAAGAAAAGGAUCGCUACCGCUGGCUCCCCGCAUCCUUGGGCGGCAACAUCCGAUGUGUGAUGAGCACAACGAGAGAAGAUCAAACCCUGGAGGAGCUGACAGAGCACUGCCCUGAGGCAGCUGAGUUACCCCUGACUGCUCUCGAUGAUAGGGCUAGGGAAGAAAUUAUCACAAACUACUUUGCUCGAUACAAUAAGACUCUAGAUCCAGAGCAACUGUCCCUCCUGACCCACUCUGAAGGAGCCAGGAAUGCCCUGUGGCUGUCCCUGACCUGCGAGGAGCUGAGGGUCUUUGGAGUGUUCCAGGAGGUGACGACCCGCAUCCGGGAGAUGCCUGGCUCCUUGGAUGGACUGAUUGAAAGCAUCCUCGACAGGUUGAUCAGUGAGGAUGAGACGGGGAUGGUGGAGACGAUGCUUCAUUUCUUGGAGUGUUCUCGAGGCGGCCUGAAAGAAACGGAGCUGAAAGCUCUCUUGGGUGACUUGGAUAGCACCACACCCGCACCUGCUUUACACUGGGCCAUGGUUCGACGCACACUCAAACCAUUCCUGAGAAACUCUGCGACCCACGGUGACGUAGAACGAUUACAGUUCUUUCAUCUUGCCAUUAACAGGGCUGUUCAGAAGCAUCUCGCUCAAGAUUACGACACCAAAAAACUGCGACACCGUCAGCUCGCCGACUACUAUCAGUACCAUUGCAAUGACCUCACAGCGAUAACCAAUCAGCUCGCACAACAGCUCACCCUGGCCAAAGAAGGGCAGCGAUUGGUGGAUUACUUCCGCACUGACAAACGCAGCACGAGAGUAAACCCUUUGGAGAAAUCAAGACUGUUGAAGGAAUUUCGCUGCACCAACAUGACACACUCCACCUUCCCUGGCUGUACUAAGUUCGCUUACUGCCAGUUCUGUGCAGAUCAAUGCAAUCAGCAGGUACCCAUCUUAAUGUGGUCGAACAAGGAUUGCUGUGCCAUAUGUGGAGGUCAGGUACAAUUCCCUGGACCGAGAAAUGCCACAGCGUAUUGGUGUAUGUUUCACAAACCGAAAUACCCUUAUUGUGGAGCAGAAUACUACUGCUUCAUCUGUCAUAGAGAUAUUCGGAACCCAAGAGGAACGCCACCACUAGCCUACCUUUGCUACUGGUGUGACCCAGGGAACAUGGAACGCUGCUGUAAAAUUGUUCCUUAAAACUUGAGUUUCGCUUAACCGCAAUGCUGUAUAACUGUGGACAGUUACCAGUGCAAAAUAAAACAAUUAAUGACAAACAAGUUAACUAUGAAGGUUACAUAAAAAGCACUGAAGUCUGAAGAUAUAGACUAAAAAUGUAGCAUAAAAUAGAAGCAUUAGAAACAGUAGUAUGUUUACUACACAGAUUUAUUUUUACAUUGCCUUUAGAGUAGGGUCGUUGUACAUGUAUUAAUGUAUUAAUUAAAACAAAUUAAAUGAGACAAAAAUGUAUUCCAUGUUCAUUCAGGUAAAUAAUGUAAUUUAAUAAAUUGUAAUGAAUUCUUACAAUAUGCUAAAGUGCCUUUCAAAUGACUCAAAGAAUAUAUCAUUUGAAAUAUUAUCAAUUUUGUAUAAGUUUUAGAAAACCUAAUGUCAAAUGAGGAAAAACAAUUAUGAAAAUAUAUUUAGAAAAGCAACUCAAAGUUAUGGACAAUUAUAAUUUUAUAUGAGGUUUUUAAAUCAAAGAAUAACUUUAAGAUAAGAUAAGGUUUAAAACAAGUUUUUCAUGUUUAUUGUCGCGGUUUAAGCUAAUAGUAUUAAUCAAAGUGACUUAAAUUGUGAUAAUUUAUACAUGUGUUUGUAAUAUUAAUUUAUACAUUUAUUCAAUUCAUAACUAUCAUUUUAGAGAAUCGCUUUCAAACUAGUUCAGUUCAACAAUUAUCAAGAUCGCAAUUAUCAAGAUCGCAGUUUAGUUAAAAAAUAAUGUCUGAGAUUGUGUGUUUUCUAUGAAUGUGUUUUCUGUAUUGAUUCUGUAUAGACCUUAGCCAUCUUGAAUUUCUCCCAUUUAUAUCAAUGUUACCAAACCGAGGCUGAAAGAACAAAAUAGUCUGGUUCCUAUUUGCAAAAUUAUUAUUAGCAUGCAUUAUUGUUAUUUGAUACGAGGAACAUGACCAAGAUAGGGGCAGCAUAACAAAGGUCUAUUGAGUGUUGAUAUGAAAACAAGACAUUGGGGGGGGGGGGUUCAGACUUUGCAUUUGCACUCUGGUUAAUCAAAAAGAUGAAGCCCCUCUCAGGCCUGACAUUUCAUCUUUGAGAAGGCAAGGCCAUUUUCACUUUCAAAAGGGAACAUCCAUUGGAAAAUGUUACAGUCUAUUGGAAACAUUUGAGGGGGCAGCAAGGCCAAAACCAGGGCAACAGGCAUGAAAUUCCAGGCCUGCCCUGUCCAAGAAUCCCUGGCAAUGCUUUUAUUUUGGCAUUUUCUUAGGAAAAUUGAAUCAUCGGACCCAGAUAAACAAUAAUUGCUGUACUUAAUAUGCAUGAUGCUAGAAAAAAACAUUCACAUUUUUAUAGGUUUUACAUGUUUAUCAAAUUAAAAUUGAUAUUUUAGCAGGGAAAGUGCAAAUAUUUUUAUGAACAAUUUGAACGGGUUUUUGUAUUGAAUAAGUUGUAAAUUGUGAUAAGCUUACUUUUUUGCCAGUCAAUUAAAAAUGAAUAAAAGAUAGAGACUGUUUAAAAAAAAAAAUUGUGGUAGUUCAUAAAAAGUCAUAUCCCCUGUAGGCAAUCCCUCUGCUGCCCCUUCCAAGGUUGUAUCGUUAUUUUGGCUGUAUACAUGUAGCUUGACACUGCAGUAAAAGGUUUCAAUGGCUUCUGAAUAACACCCAUGACAAAUGGCAGAAUGAUAGGGUAACUAACUGGUCUCAGGCCUUUGGUCGCAUGCAAACUUCAAGCCCUGUCAAGGAAAUAUGUCCUGUGCAGGCCUGUUUGCUUUGUUUAUGAAAGGGCAAGUGCACCAAGGCAUUUUCUCCUGAAGUAAAGGGCACCCUAUGAGGAAAUUGUAAAUUUAUA